AUGGACAACAUCCACGCCCCAAACCUCGCCGCCAAAUCGCUUGAUCUGCAAACAAGAGAGAUCUUCAACACGCUUGUCUCCACAAUUCUAUUCCCCGCAACCUACGCAGCCUUCUACAAACGAGUCGACCAAGACAUCAUCGCCUUCGUCCGUGACGACCGCCGCGCACAGUGCCCAGAUAUAGAAUGGCUGGUCCGAUGCUAUGCAACCUGGUAUCUCGCCAAAAAGCAUAACGAUGAAGCUAAACUAGCCGAGAGUCGGUAUAUCUACACUGUGCUCCUUCGGUAUCUCCGCCUCUCGCUCGAUGACCCGCGCAGAAGGACGGCGGAUACGACGUUCGCCACUGCGCUGCUCCUCGCUGUAUAUGAGGUUCUGGAUGGGUGUAAUCCUGAUGGAUGGUUGGUUCAUAUGACGGGUAUUAAAGAAUUGCUGCGGCUUCGUGGGCCGGCUGCUCAUUUUCGGGGUAUUGGGAGGACGCUUUUCCUCGCUUGUCGUGGGUUUUUCAUUGCUGAGGCCUUUGUUAAUCAAGAGGGGUGUAUCCUGGCCGAGCCUGACUGGGUGAAUAUGAGCGCGAGGGCGUUUGAAAGGGAAGAAAGGGUUGGGAGGGGGAGCACCCUGGUUAGCAUCAUUGACCAGGCAUAUAGGGAGGCCGUAUAUGUCCCGGGGCUUGUAGCUCAGGCGCGUGGAGCCAUUCAGCUAGAUGGAGGAGUUAUCCAGGAGUCUCUAUCCAAGGGGGCUCUAUGUACCCAGAUCAGGCGCAUCCGAGGAGCUCUUCAGACGCUGACACGUCAGCUUAAUCGGAGUUCCAACCGGGUGGCGUCCAGGUCAGGCGCGGGUCUUGUUGACUCGAGGUAUACCGCUUCGAUUGCGAGGUAUAACCUCCAAGGGGUGCGUGCUAUUGAGGCAUUGCUCGAUCAGGUGCUCCCCACGUUGGACGCUGCAAAUCCAACGACGCAGGCUGUAUGUGGUAGAUCAGUGUCGAUAUAUCCGAGUGUUUGCCGUCGAGUGCUGGCUGGGGGUGGAAGCCUGGACGAUAUGUUUCUCUCCAUGGGUGCGAUGGCUAUUUGCAUGGAUAGGUAA